CUGGUAAGGCUGGAUUCACUCAGAAACAGGACUACUGCUGCUGUGGAAAGCAAGAAAAGGUCCUGCAGGACUAUUUUGGAAGCAUUGUCCAGUCAAAGCCUCAGUAAUCAGGCCAGCUCCCCUUUUUUUCACUCACAUUCCUUCUCCCCCUCCCUCCCUCUCUCCCUCCCCCCUCCAUCUUUUCAUUUUUCUCUGUCUUAAUGAGUCUCCGUCUCCCUCCCUCCCUCAUGCAGUUCUCACACUCGGUCCAUCUCAGCCCAGAUCUUUGUGGGGAAACACCUUCUCGCUGAUAUUUUUAUCCCUCUGACAGAGCGGGAAUGGUCUGACCUCAUAAUAUCCACUGACGGUCCGUAACUCCAACCAUCACCAACUCCACCUGCAGGCCAGGAGCAGACUGUGAGCAGCUGGAGGUGGCCUGGUUAGAGCCAACUGGACGGAGGUGGAUGUUGGAGUCAGCUGAGUGGGACUGAAGGGAAAGUCUUCAGGUGGAUAGACUGUAGAUGAAGAAAUGCAGGAACCUGGUGCCUUUGAUCCCAACAUUCCAGAGGAGGGACCUUCAGCUCCCCCUCCUGGCUGGCUGGAUGAAGUACAUGGAUACCAGGGCCACGAAGAAGGAGAGGGUGAUAACCCGUUGUAUCCACCUCCUCCUGCCUAUAACCCCCAGCCCGAACUCAACAGGAACACUUUGGUGCCCAAUGUCAGGGUCCCCACAGUAUCGGAGGAUGUGGCCAGAGAUGCCCUGUUGAAGUUUGUGGAAUCAAAAUGGAGGUACAGCUCCAAACCUGCCAGGAACCUCACCUUCAGAGAGCUCAAGCCCGUCACUGUGUACAGGUAUCGACUGGAGACCUACACUGAGACCAGAACCAGCAGCUGGCAGUUUGAACCCUACAAUGGACAGCCGGUGGACGGUCCUCAGUACGGUGUGAGUCCUCUGCCGUGGGACAUUCCUGUGACUUUGCCUCAGAGAUUCAGCGACAGGAUGGAGAAGGUCCGCGUGCCGCACUCGGCCAUCGUGAAGGUGUGUCACAUGUGCAGCGGCUGUGGCAGAGUUCGAUGUUCCGCCUGCUCUGGUAGAGGCCAGAAGCGCUGCACAGCCUGCCACGGCAAAGGUUUCCGAAGGCAGCCUGGGAAUCACCGGCGCUCCUCCGGGAGCACGCGAUGCUCGUCUUGUCACGGGAGAGGACGCAAGAGGUGCAGCUCCUGUAAUGGCCAAGGCUUCAGGACCUGCUCGGUCUGUCAUGGCAGCAAAAACCUGCUGCAUUUCAUCCAGCUCACGGUGACAUGGAAGAACAACAUAUCUGAUUUCAUUCCUGACCGCCAGCCUGAGUUCCCCGACAAGAAGUUUGAGAAGGUGACCGGAGAUCCUUUCUUCGUCGAUGAGAGCGUUCUGGUGUAUCCCAUCCAGGGUUUCCCCGAUCAGGAGAUCUGCGACGUUUCUACAAAAACGAUUAACGAUCACCUGGAGCGCUUCAGUUCCUCCAGCCGCAUCCUGCAGCAGCGUCAGACCAUCGAGCUGGUGCCCCUGACUCACGCUCAUUACACCUACAGUGGAAAAGACUACAGCUUCUUCGUGUAUGGAAUGGAGAACAAAGUCUACACCUCCAAAUAUCCCUCCGCCUGUACCAUUUUAUAAGUGUCAGGCAGACAUGUUGUUGACGUGUUGUUGUGUUGCCACACUCGUCCUUCAUGUAUGAACCAAACGCGCUCUUUUCCACUCAUUUCACUUUGGUGAAUUAUUGUAACAGUAAUAAUCUGUAAGCAUUCAGAGCAGGCUGGUCGUUGUGCUUUAGGUGCCUUAAAUGACAGAUGGCUGAAUUUCUACAAAGUUAGUGGGAUGCAUCAACUUGAGGACAUAAAGUGAAAAAUAUUUGAAAUUUGAUUGGAGGUUACAAAUGAGGCAGUUCAUUUUAGAAUAUAUGAAUUAUGAAUUGUGUUGGUAUCAUAAAGAGCCUCAUCCUGUGUUUGUGAGGCUCCAUGUGCUCCAGCAUCAUGCAGUAGAACAGCUGCAUGUGUUUACCACUGGUGCAUGGAAAGAUGGCCGCUGCAGCCAGCCACCAGGGGGCCGUCCAGAUGUUUUGGCUCCACUGUUGGGGAGCUUCACAUUCAGUGGCGUGUGCCAACAUCUGGGACGUGAUUAUCCGCUGCAGCUUCACUUUCCUCCAGUUAGAUGCGUUCCAGUGUGGGCAGAAGCCAUAAAGCGUCAAACGUGUUGUUUGUAUGUUGUCUUGUGGUGGACUGAAGCUCUGCUCAGCGCUAACUGUACUUCCUCCUGCCUUUUCCAACAUGUUUUAUCUUGAACAAGUGUUUCGUUUUGUUUCUUCAGACGGUAAAAGCCUGAAUGUCAGUUGUUAAUUCUCCUAAUCGCCUCAUAACAUUUUUUUCCCACCCCCCACGUGACCCGUAACACCUGGCAGAGCAGAUGAAUCACGUGAAUGUCUGUUCUGGUUCUGAGUAUUCCUCUUUAGGUCGUCUUUGAGUGUUUCUUUGCGGUUAUGUGGUCAGAAACGGGAUUCUGAAUGUGCAGGUACGUUUGAAUUGGAUCAGAUGGUUGUGUAAACAGCUGAUGGCUCAGGUAUCUUCUCGUUGAGGUUCCAGCCAUCAGAGAAGUCAGGAAGCUAAAACGGUUGAGUUUGUUACAGGAUCAAACUGAAAGCAGAACUUGUGGGAGGCUCGAACGCGUCGCUCACACUGACGUCCGGGACUCAACUCUUACGUCCUCAAUCAGCAGCGACAGACGGUAACCAGAACCGUCUGUCACGUGGACCGCCGAGCCCACCGGGCCUUUAUUUCUGUUCUCUUGUGUUUACGGGGAAAUUUGACAGAUUUUAGUUUUUUGUUUCAUAAUUUGGUCCCAUUUUCCAGAAGUGGAAGAAGUACUCAGAUCGUUUGGCACACACACACACACACACACACUCGCAGUGAGUGAACACUUAAAGGUAAAGAAGAUGAACUGAUGAAAACAACAUAUUAAAUGUAUUUAACUGAUGGAAAUGUGCUGCCUUCAUUAGACACCAGGCUUUGAUGGGAGGAAGUGCGGCUCGUUGACCAACCUCGUUGAGCAACGCGUCUCAUGUGAGACAGACAGGCGAACGACAUGAAUGAAGUUGUGCAGGAAUCGAUCAACGUGCUGCUUUAACUUGGUGCUCAGGACAGGAAACUCCUCCAGGCUUUACGAGCUUCAUGCUGAGCUCGUUUUGCAGCUGCUUUGUGGUGUUUUGAAACCUUUAUUUACCUUUAUUUUACUAUUUCAAACGUUUUUACUCCUCAGCUCAGGUUUCUGUAGUCACCGAAACACAACAAAUCAUCCACAUUUUCAGCCUCCUUUGUGUCCAGCGACGUUUCUGUGGUUGUUUGGGGAUUUUUACCAGUUUCAGUUUUAUAUGUUUAGGACGGAGAACAGAUGGAGAGGCAGGAAUGUCCUCACAAGUAUCAUUAUUUUAUAUAAAACCUGUCAAAUGUAUUCAGCGAAAUGUGAAUGAGAAGUUCAUAAUAAAAUUCUUUUUGGUGUGGUCGUCCUGAA